AGAGCACAGAUGGAACCAGGUUCGGCUGUGGGAGCUCUCUGUGCUCAGAGCAUCGGAGAACCAGGAACACAGAUGACCCUGAAAACGUUUCACUUUGCUGGUGUUGCUUCCAUGAACAUCACAUUGGGUGUGCCCCGUAUCAAGGAAAUCAUCAAUGCCUCAAAGAACAUUAGCACACCAAUCAUUACCGCUCAUCUAGAUAUAGAUGAUGACUCUGACUUUGCUCGUCUGGUGAAAGGUAGAAUUGAGAAGACCUUAUUAGGAGAGAUAUCAGAGUACAUUGAGGAGGUGUUUCUUCCUGAUGAUUGUUUCCUACUGGUGAAGCUUUCACUGGAACGUAUCCGCUUGUUGAGGCUUGAGGUGAAUGCUGAGACUGUAAGAUACUCAAUCUGCCUGUCUAAGCUCCGUGUAAAGCCUGGAGAUAUUGCAGUUCAUGGAGAGGCUGUAUUGUGUGUCACACCAAGAGAGAAUAAUAAGAGUUCCAUGUACUAUGUCCUGCAGUCACUGAAAGAGGAAUUGCCAAAGGUGGUGGUACAAGGCAUUCCUGAAGUGGCACGUGCUGUUAUACAUAUUGAUGAACAGAGUGGAAAAGAAAAGUACAAACUUUUGGUUGAAGGUGAUAAUCUCCGUGCUGUCAUGGCUACCCAUGGGGUUAAAGGCUCACACUCCACUUCGAACAACACCUAUGAGGUGGAAAAAACUAUUGGUAUAGAAGCUGCACGCUCCACAAUUAUAAAUGAGAUCCAGUACACCAUGGUGAAUCAUGGGAUGAGUAUUGACAGACGCCACGUCAUGCUUCUGGCUGAUCUAAUGACUUACAAGGGAGAAGUGCUUGGGAUCACUCGCUUUGGCCUGGCUAAGAUGAAGGAAAGUGUUUUGAUGCUGGCUUCUUUUGAGAAAACGGCUGAUCAUUUGUUUGAUGCAGCUUAUUUUGGACAGAAAGAUUCUGUUUGUGGAGUCUCCGAGUGCAUAAUUAUGGGCAUACCCAUGAACAUUGGAACUGGACUUUUUAAGCUUCUGCAUAAAGCUGACAAGGAUCCUGAUCCACCUAAGAGACCCUUGAUCUUUGACAACAAUGAUUUUCACCUCCCUAUCACUAGCACGUAG